UACAGGUGGGAGAAAAUUAACGUGUGUUAUCUGGCAAAUCCACCAAGAUAUGAGAAUUAAAGGACACAGAGAACAUCACUGAGUGCAUUAAAGCAGGAAAAACACUCAAACUUGUGACUCGAAGACCAGGACAAGACAAGUAUGGCCCCCAAAACCAUGGAGCCAGUGGCCAGGAAGAUUUUUAAAGGAGUUCUCUUUCUGGAGGUGGCCGGCGUGUUUGCAGCUUACGGACUCUACUGCAAAAUGAACGCGAGCCGAGAUUUCAGAUGGACGAUGAACAAACACUUUCCCUCAGUUCUGGAAGUUUAUUACAAGUCCAACGAAUGGGCCGGGAACUACGGCGUCCGGGAAGCGGAUCAGGACGUGUGGUCUACGCGGCAGGAAUAACCACACAGACACUCAACAGGACAAGGGUCAUCACUUCACUUCUUCCUUCUGACGGUCUUUUUGCCCUGUCUGUCUUUCCCAAACGGUUUCCUUUUCUUGAACGCAGCCUUCUUCCUCCUGAGCGUCUUAACGUCACGUCCCCGGAUCCAGUCGUCACGCUGCGCCUCCCAUUUCAGCUGUUUGACACCUGAAGGCAAGAAGCAGAAGGACAUGGGAGACUUCUUCCAGAACAAAUAAAUGAAUAUUGUGGUAAAUGAUCAGAGUCUGUGAUUAUUCAUAUCCAACAGUUUGUGACUUCACUCGUGUGAAGAGAUCUGGCUGGCAUCUAGCCAUGUUAAUAAAAUUCAGUAAUUUUCAA